CGGGGUCUGCCCCACCCGCACCAUUUGCCUUAUCCCGGUCGGAGUUUGCCGCCUCCGCCUUCCAUCUGUGCACCAGGGACUCGGGGCCCCACCCCGUGGUGGGACAGACUGACUGACUGAGCCCUCAGCCUUCCCCCCGUGGUCUGUCAGCUCCCAGGGGCUGGACAUGCCCGUGCAGCCCCCGCCAUGGGCUCGGGGUGCUCCCCAUCCCAGUCCCUGACUGCCCCCGGGUGUCACCUCCCGCAGACUGAGCCCGGGUGUGACCCACAGGACACUCGCGGGGUGCAGAGGGGCUGAACCCCCCCUUCCUCUGGCAAAUCUCUGCACCCCCUCCCUAGUGACCCCCUCCAGGCUCAUCCAGCCCCACUCCAGUCUCUGAUGAUGAUGAUGGAGGGGAUGAAGGGCCUGGGGAGGGGGGAUGACAGCGGUGACCUUGACCCUGAACUCGACCUUGCCCCCCACCCGCGGUGCUGCAGCCCCUCACCCCACUUUUGGGGGACAGCCUUCUCCCCUCACCCCACUUUCGGGGGACAGCCUUCUGCGGGCUCCCCCUCUCCGCCGCUACCGGGAGGAGCCGUUCCCCCGGUACGGGCGGGAUUGGCUGCGGUUCCGUGACGCGGAGGGGUGGGACCGCAUUACCACCGGCAUGAGCGCGGCCGAGGGCCGGCCCCGGUGCCGCUGGGGCGGCGGCGAGGCGGUGCUCCGUGCCCGUGCCGAGGCCGCCGGUUACCGGAGGCUGCUGCGAGCCCGAGCCGCCGAGGUGGAGGCGUUGCGGGGCGCGGUGGGCGCCUUACACCGGCAGCUGGAGGGGCUGCGGGACCGGCGGAGCGGGGAGCUGGCCAAGUACCAGGAGCGGGUGGCGGAGCUGGAGCGGGAGAUCGGGGCGGCGGAGGCGGAGAUGGCCCGGUGCCUGCGGGAGUACCCGGCGCUGCUGCGGCUGCGGAUGGCGCUGGAGGCGGAGAUCGCCGCGUACCGGGAGAUGCUGGAGAGCGAGGAGCUCCGCCUGGGCGGCUCGGCCCCGCCGUGAGCCCCGGUGCCACCGCCGGAGCCCGGCCCUGCCGUUACCACCGGAGCCACGGUGCCGGCACCGGACCCUCAGCCCCACCACCGGCCCCCGGUUCCUCCGCCGGACCCCAGACCCCCGAUUCCUGCACCCCGGUUCCCUGGCACCCUCGGCGCCUCUCUGGACUGACGGAGCCCCGGUCCCUCUGUCCCUCCGUUCCACGGGUGCCCCGGACUUGUGCCCGCCUGGCCCGGGAGCCCCGGGAGGGCGGCGCCCGUGGGGUCUCACACUCACCAGCCUCUCCGGGGCGGGGGUCCCGGCCCAGACCCCUGUGGAAGCACCUCAAUAAAGCCCCGUGGCAUCA